AAUCCCGCUCACACACUAUAUAAACAACUAAAUAAACUAAACGAAUCUAUAUACAUCACAACUAACGCGGUUGGGUCUGUCAGCGAUUCUGAAGGCUGAAUAAUCGUUAAGCACACAAAGUGAAAGUACCCUUUUUCUUUCCAUUAUUAUAUUAUAUUAUUAUCAUCAAAUUUUGAUUCGAUCUCCCUUCUGUUCUGUGUGCCUAAAUUCUUUCCAUGGCAAAUCCAUCCAACAAAGAGAUCAAUCUCCUCAACGAUGACGACGCCGGAGCUGCUUUCGUCCUCCAAUCCAAAGGUGAAUGGUGGCACGCUGGGUUUCACUUAACAACGGCAAUAGUGGGUCCCACAAUACUAACGCUACCAUAUGCAUUCAGAGGUUUAGGAUGGGGGAUUGGGAUGUUAUGCCUAACAGUUAUGGGUGUUGUAACUUUCUACUCUUAUGGCCUUAUGUCUAAAGUUCUUGAUCAUUGCGAAAGAUCUGGUCGUCGCCACAUCCGUUUCCGGGAACUUGCCGCCGAUGUCUUAGGAUCUGGAUGGAUGUUCUAUUUUGUAAUCUUUAUCCAAACGGCAAUCAAUACUGGAGUUGGCGUAGGGGCAAUCUUGCUUGCUGCUGAAUGCCUUCAGAUCGUCUACUCCAAUGUUGUACCUCAUGGAUCACUGAAAUUGUACGAGUUCAUAGCAAUGGUGACAGUGGUAAUGAUAGUUUUGUCUCAGCUUCCCACUUUCCAUUCCCUAAGACACAUCAACUUGUGUUCACUUUUUCUCAGCUUGGGCUACACCUUCCUAGUAGUUGGUGCUUGUAUUCAUGCAGGUACAUCGAAAAAUGCCCCUCAACGGGACUAUUCCUUAGAACCCAAGAAAUCGUCAAGGGCCUUCAGUGCCUUUACUGCCAUUUCCAUAAUUGCAGCAAUAUUUGGGAAUGGAAUAUUACCUGAGAUACAAGCAACUCUAGCACCUCCUGCAGCUGGAAAGAUGAUAAAAGGCCUUACUAUGUGUUAUGCUGUAAUUUUUGUUACAUUCUACUCUGCUGCCGUUUCUGGAUAUUGGGUAUUUGGAAACAAGGCCAAUUCAAACAUUUUGAAGAGUUUGUUGCCAGAUGAUGGACCUUCUUUGGCUCCAACUUGGGUUCUUGGACUUGCUGUCAUCUUUGUUCUACUUCAGCUCUUCGCAAUCGGUCUGGUUUAUUCUCAAGUUGCUUAUGAAAUAAUGGAGAAGAAAUCGGCUGACGUGAAGCAAGGGAUAUUUUCCAAAAGAAAUCUUCUUCCACGCCUAAUUCUUCGGACAAUUUACAUGAUUUUCUGUGGAUUUCUGGCCGCCAUGUUGCCAUUUUUUGGAGACAUAAACGGUGUAGUUGGUGCUGUUGGCUUCAUUCCUCUGGAUUUUGUUCUGCCUAUGAUUCUAUAUAAUAAAACACACAAGCCUCCAAAAUCAUCAUUGACUUAUUGGAUCAACCUCUCGAUCAUGAUCGUGUUCACUGGUGCAGGAAUCAUGGGUGCAUUCGCUUCUAUUAGGAAAUUGGUUCUUGAUGCCAACCAAUUUAAGCUGUUUGGCAGUGAUGUUGUAGAUUGAGAAAAUGUAUGCAGAAACCAUGAAUUGGAAGCAUAUAGUACAACUUAUAUAUACGUAUAGUGUUAAUAUGAAAAACCACACACAGUUAUUUCAGUUUCUAAAAUGAGAGAUAAGGAAUAGUCAAAUACUCCUAUGUUUGGUACUUUGGUUAAA